GUUAUUUAAUAGAAGAGUGAGGUCUGUAAGUAACUGUAUUAUAAUGCUAUUUUACCGUAGGAUUAUACAGUAGCAUCAAGAGCCUAUUUAAAUUAAAAUAAAUAUAAUUAACGUGAUCAUUUCUGAAUGUUAUGAAUCAAAGACAGUCAAAUGUUCAAAUACCGCUGUCAAACAGGACAGCUUCAAUAUAGUCAUCCAUUGUGAAGUUAAAAAAAAAAAAUUUUUUCUCGAGAAUUCAUUUAUAUCGCCUAUGUGUGUGUAUUCAAACUGAAAAAUUGUAAUAACUUUUGACUAAUGGAUGGUAUAGAUUUUUUGCAUGAGGCCCAUUGGCUCAAUAUAUCAACCUUGUUGUUAAAUUCCACUUGGCGAGCUGGAGCCAAAAAUGAAAUGGCUUAAAAGAACCAUUUGUUCUUUUAAUGUAAUGGAAUACCACAUUAAAUGAACAUUAACAGUUCGUCAAAGCAAUAAAAAGUUAUUUAUAACGACUAUAACCCGCUUUGUUCCCAGAGGACACAGCCUACUCCAGGGCGGAAUAGAGUAGGCUGUGAUAAAUAGGCGACGGUGUAAGUGAACAAAAGUCGAGACCGGCCGUUAUCUUCUCUUAGCAAGGACACAAAUCAACGUUUUCUGUGGGAAUUACUUUUGAAAUAUAUAGGGAAAUGCAAUAGUCAUGUCGGCUAUUUCUGUGUUAAAGCAAAGUCUAAGCCAAUACCACAAAAAUAGCUCAAAAUAGCAAUUGAUAUAGCCAUAAUUCUUCCUCGAAACUACUACACACCUGUGUAAUCUAUGCGUGGCACGCGGUGGCGGAAAAGGUCAUGACACAUUCUCCUCACCUGAAUCAAAUCACAUCGGAAUUAUUCAAAAAGCGUUGAACUUUUCAUUUCUACGACGGAAUAAUUUCAGUUACAAAAUCGAAUUAAUAUAGUGCCAGUCGACAGAAGUUUACGCCUUUCAAGCGGAACAUAAGGCUACUAUCAAGGAACGGAAAUAUAAAACUGGAAACGGUAAAUUCGCUUGAACUUAUUUUACAAACCGAUGCAAAAGUGAGUUGAAGAAAUACUGUCAAUAUCCUCAACACGUUAAUUUAUUGGUAAAUACUCAAAGGGUGGUGGAAUUUGACUAGGGACGCUUCGUCUAUACAGCAGAGUCCGAUUUCAAGUUUUAUUGAGAACUGGUUUACUCCCCUAGGGACACGAACUAACCGUGCUGAGUCAGUUAUUUUGGGUGGCAGCCUGCAGUACCAUAGGAGCCGUUCACUUUUUGCAGUCCAUCCCGCGAAUUGAACUCCUUUGUAAUUCAUUUUGAUUAUUUAUUUAUUUUACAAAACGACACAUUCUAAGGGGCUAUUACAGAGGAAGAUUUACAGAAACUCGGUAAUGUAACUGAGGAGUUUAGUAACUCGAUUACAGCUCGUGGUAGGAAUUUUAGAAGACAUGGAUGCUCAGGUGAAUGAAAGCCGCGGCGGUUUCUGUCAGAAGGGAUGCGGGCUCGCUUUACGCCGUCAAGCCCAGGGAGAACACAGCUGUAUAAACGCACUGCGAGCUCAGAACAGAGUCCUUCAGGUAAAGACGACUAAACUGGAGCAAGAAGCCGAGAAACAGAGACUCCAGUUCGGUGUGAGGGAGCGGCUUCUGCUGGCCCGAGUGUCUUCCCUGCGGAACGAAGCUCGGCUCAAGGCGCUCUCUUACCAAAAUAGGUUACGUCACUUUGUGGUCCAUAUCAACAACAUCACCAAGCAACUCGUUACUGGGUGUCACACGGGAGGACAUGACCAGCCCACCUCGUCCUUCGCCGUUGGGAGAGAAGACUCCCCGUGGGUCGGAAGCGGAGGUAGAACGCUAUGUCAGGUGAACGGGAAGGCGACGCCGGAGGAGGCCCGGGAGCCCAUGGUGGCACAGGUCCUGCGACGGAGCUCCGCCCCCGGUGGCCAUGGCAACCCUGAGGACGGGCGGCUGGCGGACGUGUGCACGCAGACGGACAUCACCUUCGAGCACAUCAUGGCCCUGGCCAAACUCCGGCCCUGCACGCCCCCGCUGCCGGACCUCUGCCCCUUCCUGCUGUCCGACAGCUGCCACUCACUGCAGACGGUGGAGCAGGAGUUCUACGAGGGCACGGAGUACCUCCCUCACACGCCUGCCAGCGGAGAGAGGGCUGACGAGUUUGAGUACGAGGAGGUGGAGUUGUGUCGGCUGAACAGCCAGGAGAAGCUGGGCCUGACGCUGUGCUACAGGACGGACGAGGAGGACGACGCCGGCAUCUACGUCAGCGAGGUGGGGCCGAACAGCAUCGCAGCCAGGGACGGGCGCGUCAGGGAGGGAGAUCGAAUCUUACAGAUUAACGGCCAGGACGUCCGGAACAGGGAGGAGGCGGUGACGGCGCUGUGCAUCGAGGAUUUCCGGAACAUUCUGCUCCUGGUGGCCAGGCCUGAGAUACAGCUGGAGGACGGCUGGUUGGAUGAGGAGCACCACCGGCUCCUGGAGGACCUGAAGAUGGAGAUGCUGGAGGAGCGGGGGACGGAGGAGGUCAGGCACACGAGCAGCAGGGAGGAGCAGCCCAGAGGCUGUGAGGAAGAGGAGGAAGACGAAGUCACCACGGACGCAGCCACCUGUUCCUCCAACACGCCGGACCAGGCCGGAGACCCGGGCCUGUCCAGCGGGACCCCCGAACGGGAGUCCCCGUCCCCGGUCCCGACGCGGCCAACCCAGCGAGGACGGGCGUCCGGAGAGGAGAGGGGCCGAGGAGGGCGCAAGUGCUUCCGGCAGAGCCUGGAGGUGCAGAGCCUGGAGGUGCAGAGCCUGGAGGUGCAGAGCCUGGAGGUGGGCGACCUCUCGUGCAGCGGCCGGCGCAGGGCGGAGUGCAGCCUGGCGGAGCAGGAGGGCGUUCAGCGGGAGCUGCGCCUCCUGAACGAGGAGCUGCGGAGCAUCGAGCGCGAGUGCCGGAGCAUCAUGCAGGCGCGCCGGCUCCGGGGAUCGGACCGGGACAGCUCCAGCGCCUACAACACGGCCGAGAGCAGCCGGAGCACCCCGACCGGGGCCCGCCGGUCCGUCGAAAGUUCCCCCCGGGCCGCCGCCAGCGCCGCCAAACGGGGGAGCCCGUGCCGGAGGGUCGCCGGGCAGAGCCCCGCGGUCGCCAAACCCGGCAAGUCCGGGCCCGACGCCCCCCAGCCCGCCCCGUCCCCGUCCCCGACGCCUCCCCCCGGCCGGCACGCCAACAUCCCGGCGCACGCGCGCCACUACCAGAGCUACAUGCACCUGGUGCAGCAGCGGACGGGCGUGGAGGCGGGGCAGAGCCAGCUGAGCCUCCUGAGCGCGUGCAGGGAGGAGCGGAGGGCCCGGCCGCGGCCCGACGCCCGGAGGCCCGCCCGGGACCGGCUCCUGCGGGAGCGCGCCCUGAAGAUCCGCGAGGAGCGCAGCGUCACCACCGACGAGGACGCCGCCAGCGAGCUGAAGCUGGGCCGCUACUGGAGCAAGGAGGAGCGCAAGCAGCACCUCCUGCGGGCGCGGGAGCAGCGGAGGAGGCGCGAGUUCAUGAUGAGGAGCCGGCUGGAGAGCCUCCGGGAGAGCGCCCAGAGCGGGGGCGAGGGGCGGAAGGAGGUGUCCAUCCUGGAGCUCAGCCACCGCAAGAUGAUGAAGAAGCGCAACCGGAAGAUUCUGGAUAACUGGAUGACCAUCCAGGAGCUGAUGAGUCACGGGGCCAGGACCCCAGAGGACCCCGACCUGCACAGCGCCUUCCUGUCCGUCACCACCGUGUGAGCCCCGCCCCGUCUCCGCGCGCGGGAAACACUUAAUCGCCUCGUUCAAUGCGGCACUUUUCUUAUGAGAACGUGAACACAAAAGAUAUUUUCGCUCUUGAUAACCCCAACUGGGUUUUCUAAGCGUUUGCUUUUCCAGGCAUUUUAUCCAUGGCAGCUUUUCUUCUGGAACGGCUUGUUAUUAUUUUCAACAGAGAUUUUUUUUCUGCAGCCUAAAGCUUGUUUUUGUAAAUCUGAAAUAUUUAGUGACAAAUGGGGAAGGUUAGGAGAUAGCCUGAAGGGAAAUCUGAUCUGUGGUCAGCGGUGCUUCAUGAAUACAAGGCCUGUCCUUCAAAUCAAAUUCAGACAGAUGAACUCGUGGGUGUUCUGCUUCAAUCAGACCGUUUAGGGUCCUUGAGAAUGUAUGGCUCACUUUUGUGGCUUUCCACAAGGUCUCAAACUCAAAUCCUGGAGGGCCGCUGUGCCCGCAUGCUGCGUUUCCAAGGCCUAAGAUGGCCGCUGUGUUUCCAAGGCCUAAAAUGGCCGCCGAUUUAAAGGAAAUCAGGACUUGAGUUUGGACUCCUGCUGUCGACAAACCAGGUGGGGAAGCUCAAUGUAUCAUUUAUUCUCUUUUGUAAAAGGAGAGCGGAGGCCUGGUCUCCUUUGUUUUUUCACUUAAUUCAGGCAGGUAGAAAGCAGGGAGGAUAACAGAGAAGGGAUCACAGCCCAGAUGUUGCCAUGCCAGGGGCUCGAGCCCCCUGCGUUCUGGGGUGGAUUUACAGAGGGCUCAAUAGUCACCCGCCCUGAGGACUGUGCCGCAGGUCUCACUGGCAACUCUGUGUUCGUAAUUACAAGGUAUGUCCCUCGGCUGUCGAAGCUGAAGCGGUUUCUUUUCUGAGCAGGAACCUAAGAUUCAAGUCCUGGAGGUUGGCGGCUCAUUCCAAACGCUUAUUCUUCACCUUCUUCUUCCUUUGCUUGCGUCCUUUCCUGGCUCCUAACGAGAAGGAGCGAGAUGAGGGCGGGAAGACUGGGGCGUCGAGAGAACGUGAAUUGGGCAAAUGGAAGGUCCUCGUUCCUUCAAACGUCUGUUUCAGACCUGGCAGAUGAGGGGAGCUCCUGGCUCAAUUUGGCGGGUCUUGUUUGAUUUCAGGGGCCAGGCUAAGAAACAAGGAGACAAUGAAGGAUUAAAAUAAGCGAUUGGAACGAGCUCAAAGUGUCAACUGGUCUUUGAGUGAAUUUCAAGUGAAUCAUCUGUCUUCGCUUGGAUAAAGAGGUCACGCCCCUUGUUCCAAGGUCAAAUCUCAAGGUACGCAAAGCUUACAUCUACUUUGGCCUCCCAGGACCAGAGUGUGAUAUUGUAGUUAGGUGCUAGAGGGCAAUUCAACAAAUACAUGGACUCACCAUCUGGUUACUUCCCACAGAUUUAGCCAAGUGGAACUUCUUUUGCCCAUCUGCUAUCAACUUUGAUAUUUACAUGUAAGCCAAGCGCUGACUUGUACUUUCUGCAGCUAUAAGUACAAAAGGACAUUAUCUCAGUUUCCAGGUGCUAUCGGCCAUUUCAGGCUGGGAGAAUGCUUUCGAUUGACACAGCUGGGACCCACGAAAUUACGUCUGCAUGAUUUCCGUUUACAUCUUAUCAUGGUGCUUCAGUGUCAGCGUAACGCCGAGGGAGCUUUGCGCCGUGGCUGUUGACUUGAAUUUUUCGAAAGAACGGGGCACGAGAGCUACACUUCUUGCAUUACUUGUUUGGGGUUUUGCUUAACAAACAGGCCUUAAUUUUGAGUUUUUAAUCUUGCUUUCUUUCAAUUGGUGCUGUUGUAAUGCCUGAACGAUAUCUCACAUUACCGCCUGUAUUUAAGCCUCACAAUGGAGUACUACUGGAAAUGAAUGUCUUCUCUGCUGUGUGGCAGAGUUUCGCGGUUUCUUACUUUUCAUACAGAUCAGUUUGUUUUUCAUGAGUGUGCUGUAAAUAAAAAAUACUGUAAAUGUUUCCAUGUUUCUGUUCAACAUCAGCGGUCUUAUUUCGGGUGAUAUGUGUUUGGCAUUCGUGUAGGCAGAUAAACGUGUUUUAAUUGUGGUCAUUGGAAAAUAAAUGAAAUUAUUGUUUACCUUAA